UGAUACUCGAUUUUAGGUUGGAGGCGUCAUUACAGUACACGCUCGCCUCGCUUCUCCAAUUCUGUUUACGUUUUUUUACUCUGUAUUUUUAUUCGUGUGUUGUACUCUUAAUUUAAUUAUCUUCUGUUAGUUUUAUUUUCGAUUAUUGAAAUAGUCUGGAGAAACAUAGAUCAUGGAUUUCGGGGAUGUACAGGCGAGACAGAAUCGAGUGAAAGACGAGAUAGGGUCCCAUUGUCAGAGGUUGUUUCAAAGUUUCUUGGAGGAGUACAGGGAGGAUGAUGAGGUCAAGUAUUUGGAGCCUGCGAAGGAGCUCGUCAGCCCUGAACGCAGCACCUUGGUGGUUUCCUUUGAUGAUAUCGAGAGGUACAAUCAAGCACUUGCGACAACAAUCAUCGAGGAAUAUUACAGGAUCUACCCCUACCUCUGCCAAGCGGUCUGGAACUUCGUGAAGGACGCUGGGGAUUUGAAAAAAGAGAAAGAGUGUUACGUCAGUCUCGUUGAUGUUCCCACCAGACACAAACUCCGAGAAUUAACGACCUCCAAAAUAGGGACACUCAUUCGUAUAUCAGGACAAGUGGUCAGGACUCACCCGGUGCACCCAGAGUUAGUGUCUGGGACCUUCAUCUGUGUCGAUUGCAAUGCUGUUAUAAAGAACGUCGAGCAGCAGUUCAAAUUCACAAACCCCACAAUAUGCAACAACCCAGUCUGCCUCAACCGUCGAAGAUUCGUCCUGGACGUGGACAAUUCCGUAUUCGUAGACUUCCAAAAAGUGAGAAUUCAGGAAACACAAUCUGAACUCCCUCGAGGAUGUAUUCCCCGUUCCCUCGAAAUAAUUUUACGAGCUGAGGCUGUUGAGACAGUGCAGGCAGGAGACAGAUAUGACUUCACGGGGACUUUAAUAGUUGUGCCUGACGUUGGAGCACUCGCAUUGCCCGGAACAAAAGCGGAAAUCAGUUCGAGGCAUAAAGCUGGGGAUCAGGGCGAGGGUGUCAAGGGGCUGAAGGCCCUCGGGGUUCGAGAGUUGAAUUAUCGUCUGUCAUUCCUCGCGUGUAGUGUAACUGCGACGAGCUUGAGGUUCGGAGGUACUGAGAUGGCGAUGGAGGAGAUCUCCCAGGAGAUGAUGAAGCGCCAAAUGACCGAGUCCGAAUGGAAUAAAGUCUACGAGAUGUCCCGCGACAAGAAUCUCUACGAGAACCUCGUCGCCAGUCUCUUCCCCUCGAUCCACGGAAACGAUGAAGUGAAGAAAGGCAUUACUUUAAUGCUCUUUGCAGGGGUUCCAAAGACCACCCUCGAGGGCACAAGUCUCCGAGGGGACAUAAACUGCUGCAUAGUGGGUGACCCCAGUACUGCAAAAUCCCAACUCUUGAAACAAGUUGCUGAAAUCUCCCCCAGGGCUGUUUAUACGUCGGGGAAAGCCUCCUCAGCAGCUGGGUUGACAGCAGCUGUCGUCCGAGACGAGGAGUCAGGAGACUUCGUCAUAGAAGCUGGUGCCUUGAUGCUCGCUGACAACGGGAUCUGCUGCAUCGACGAGUUCGACAAGAUGGACCCAAAGGACCAGGUGGCCAUCCACGAGGCGAUGGAGCAGCAGACGAUAUCGAUAGCGAAAGCCGGGGUGCGAGCGACGUUAAACGCAAGGACUUCAAUUCUGGCAGCUGCCAACCCCAUUAGCAGCAGAUACGACAGGAGCAAGUCCCUCCAGCAGAACGUCACGCUGACAGCCCCCAUCAUGUCUAGAUUCGAUCUCUUCUUCAUCCUCGUUGACGAGUGCAACGAGGUAGUGGACAACGCCAUCGCCAAGAAGAUUGUCGACCUCCACAGCAACAAUAUCCACACAAUAGACACAAUUUACGAUCAGUCCGAGAUCCUGAGGUACAUAAACUUCGCGAAGCACUUCAAGCCCUCGAUAAAUCCUGACGCUGCUGAGCUCCUGGUGGAGAGCUACACUGUUCUCAGGCAGAGGGAGGGGGUGGGGAGUGGCAAGUCCACGUGGAGGGUCACUGUGAGGCAGCUGGAGAGCCUGGUGAGGCUCUCCGAGGCCCUCGCCAAGCUCGAGUGUGCGGACAAGGUCACUGUCAAGCACGUCAAGGAGGCGAGGAGACUGCUGAGCAAGAGUAUUGUGAGGGUGGAGCAGCCUGACAUCGACCUGGAGGACCAGACUGUCAGGGCUGAUGGCAUGGACCUGGACGAUGCGCCUCCCUUGAUGGAGGCCCUCAAUGCCCUGGGAGACGAGACCAAUGGGCAGGAGGAGGUGCAGGAGGAGGAGGGAGCCCCCAAAAAGAAGCUCACAAUGUCGUUUGAGCAGUACAAGUGUCUGAGCAAUAUGCUGGUGCUUUAUAUGAGGAAUAAGGAGAACAGCAUCGAGGACGAGGGGGAGCCUGGCAUCAGGAAGUCCGAGCUGGUUGCCUGGUAUUUGGAUCAGAUUCAGGAGCAGAUUGACUCGGAGGAGGAGCUGCUCGAGAGGAAGGCCUUGGUGGAGAAGAUCGUUGAUCGGUUGACUUAUACGGACAAUAUUUUCAUCACCCUCGCCAACCGCGAAUUGGGUGAAGCAAGAGGGGAGGAAGAGGAGGAUCCCCUCCUGGUGGUCCACCCAAACUACGUCCUCGAUAUCUAAACAUUCAUCAAUCGUUAUUCAAUCGCAUUCUGUUAUACUCAUUA